GUAUCUGUGAUCAGCUUGGUGGGUUGGCUGGGGGCUGGCUGGUCUAGGAUGGCCUCUCUCGCAUGUCUGGCAGUUGGCUGCCUGUUGGCUGAGUUAAUAGAGUUGACUGGUCAUGUGCCUGUCAUCGUCCAACAGUUUUAACUCUGUGUGGUAGGUGGAAUAAUAGCCCUCCAAAGAUGCCUGUAUCCUAAUUCUUGGAACCUGUGAAUAUGUUAAUUUACGUGGUAAAAGGGACUUUACAGAUAUGAUUUAAAUUAUGGAUAUUGAGAUGGGGACAUUAUCCUGGAUUAUUGAGUAGCCCCUAUGUAAUCACGAGGGCCCUUAUAAGAGGGAGGCUGGAGGAUUAGGCUUGUGGAGAGAUGUAAGGAUGAAAGUAGAGGUCAGGUAGGAGAGAAGAUGCUAAGUUGUUGGCUUUGGAGAUGGAAGGGGGUCAUGAGCCAAGGAAUGUAUGCAGCCUCUAGAAGCUGGAAAAGGCAAGGAAGUGGGUUCUGUCCCAGAGCCUCCAAAAGGAAUGCAGCCCUGCAGAUCUAUUUUAAGACUUCUGACCCUCAAAACUGUAAGAGAAUAACAUAGGUGUUUCUUUGAGCCACUAAAUUAGUGGUGAUUUGUUGCAGCAGUCCUUGGAAACUAAUACAUCUGGACUUGUUAGCAUGGUGGUAGGGUUCCAAGAGAGCAAGCAGAAGAGAGUCAUAAGCUCAGGAUUGGCAUGCUAUCACUUCUACCACAUUCUGUUGACUAAAGACAUCACAAGACCAGCCCACAUUCAAGAGGUGGAGAAAUAAACCUCACCUCUUGAUGGAGUCUAUUUCUCCCUCCUCUUGAUGGAAGAAGCUGUAAAGUCAUGUUGCAAGAAGUGUGGGUACGGGGAUAGGUAAAGAAUUGUGGACACUUGUUUGCAAUUUGACUACCACAGUGCCAUUAACAACAAUGGUAGAGGACUUUCAAAAACAACUUCUGACCUUGGUUUCUUUUUAAUUUCCAGGGACACAGGGAGCAUGGGUGUCUGGACAUUAGGCACCAAUAUCUUCCUAAGUCUAUGGGAGAUCUACUUGUCUCCAAGGAGCCCUGGAUGGAUGAACCUCAUUCAGCACUUGGGAGUUUGCUGUUUUGUUGCUUUCAUUUCAGCGAUCUUCCUCUCUGUGGCCUUCUACUGGCUUUUGUCUUCGUUCAUGGUGUUCGCCACCUCCUGGAUUACCAUGUGUGUCCUGCUCUGUUGCUUCAAGCAUGCACGAUGCUUCAUUCUUCUCUUCUUUCUCUCUUGUGGCCUGCGUGAAGGCAGGAAUGCUUUAAUUGCAGCCGGCACAGGGAUAGUGAUAUUUGGGCAUGUGGAAAAUAUUUUUCACAACUUUAAAGGUCUCCUAGACAGUAUGACUUGCAACCUAAGGGCAAAGAGCUUUUCCAUACAUUACCCACUUUUGAAAAGAUAUGUUGAAGCAAUUCGGUGGAUUUAUGGCCUUACCCCUUCAUUAAAUCUGUUUGAAAACCUUGUUUCUUGGAAGCACACUCUGGUGGUCUUGCUUUCCAGUCCCAGUGAAGCAGUGAAGGCGCAGCUAAAUGACUCCAGAGGCGAAGUCCUGAGUGUGAUGCAUCACAUGGUGACCACAGCAGAGGUGCUGUCUUCCCUCGGUCAGAGGUUGUUUGCCAUCGCGGGGCUCGUGUUGGUCAUACUAGGCACUGGCCUCUUCAUGAAGCGGUUCUUGGGCCCUCAUGGUUCGAAGUUUGAGAACAUCUACAUCACCAGACGAUUUGUUCGGUUUGACGAAAGGGAGAGGCUCCAACAGAGGCCCUGUGUCCUCCCUCUGAGUAAGAAGGAACAGAAGACGUAUGUUGUCAUCCCAUCCUUCUGUCUGACUUCUAAGGAAAGGAAAGACCUAGGGCUGUUUUUCCUCCCCAUACUUACCCAUCUUUACAUCUGGCUGCUGUUCGCAGCCGUCGAUUAUCUGCUGUAUCGGCUCAUUUUCUCCUUGAGCAAACACUUCCAAAGCCUGCCGGAACUUGAGGUUCACUUGAAACUGCACACAGAGGAGCAAAGGGUUAUCAAUGAUUCUUCCUUUCACGUAUCUCUGUUUGAAUCCAGUUGCAUCCCUAAACCAAAGCUCCUUCUGUCUAAGACCUGGGUUCCUCUCAUCAUUAUUCUUGUGAUACUGGUUGUGCUGGGACUGUUGUCUUCCACCCUGAUGCAAAUUAAAAUCCUGGUGUCAACAUCCUUCUACCCAAGUGUGGAGAAGGAGCGCAUCCAAUACCUACAUGCAAAGUUACUGAAGAAAAGAUCAGAGCAGCUACCAGGAGAAGUCAAAACGAAGCUGAGUCUGUAUCUAACAAAGAUUCACUUCUGGCUUCCAGUCCUGAAAAUGAUGAAGAAGAAACAAAUGAACAUCCCCUGAGAGACCCCAAGUAGUUCCUCAGCCACAGUACACCAGCAAUUCUCCUCAGGUUUAUUGAUAGUGGUCACUAUUCAUGUCGAACAAUAGAGAAUGAUGUUACAUGUCUGCAUCAGGGGUGGGAGUUUGCAAUACCAUCUUGCAUCACUUGGCUAUGCCUCUCCAUGAGGCCAAGGGGCUCCCAGGUAACGGUUAUGUAGUUUGUCAUCCAAACAAGAUAUAUCAUCUGGACCAUAUCACAGAGCAACAAGACAAGAACUGGACCCCUUGGUAACGAGUCUCAGCACAGAAUAACAUUUAAAGAGGAAAAAAGUUGAAAACCAUUCAAAUCUCUACUGCAGUCUUACACGCAAAUGCAGAGGGGGCACAUAAAUGUGUAAUGCCAGCAAAAAACCCAUUGCUGUUGAGUUGAUUCUGACUCAUAGUGACCCUAUAACAAAUCUUUAAACUCUUCAGGCCCUGCUCUGCUGUCAGUUUUAAAAAUGAAGAAAUGAACCUGCUUGACCAGUGGUUCCAAACCUGCACACAAGUCAUAAUUCCCUGGGGAGUUCUAAAGAUUCCUAGUGCCUGGUCUUACCCUCAGAGACUCUGACUUAGCUGUUCUGAGGUGGGACAUGGGCAUUGGCAUUGUUGAAAGCUCCCUGGGGGAUUGUAAAGAGCAGCUAGGAUUGAGAACCACUAUUUCAGAGACUUACAGAAUUGCAGGUCUCUCAGUUCAGGUCUCCAAUGGUGAAAUUUCUCUAACAGAAGGAACCUAUAUUAGAAAUGGGUCUGAAUCAGCAUUUUCCCAAAGUGUGUUCCUCAGACCACUAGUCCCUUUCGAUAUUCCAUAGAGAGUUACGUGGUGAACAUCGGGUAGUAAAUUCUCACCAGCAGCCUUCCAACCUUGAAGAUUCACAAAGCACCUUGGCAUAAUUCAAAAACUAGGAGAAUUCCUGUAAUAAAGAAACCUCUUUAAACCGAGUUUCACCCAGAAUUUUCCAAAAUUCUUAAAACCACAGAACAAGUCUACCUGUAAUAACUACCAACAGUAUGUAGGACUGGUUCUACAGCUUGUACUCUGGUAAAUGCUUAUAUAAUUGGCAUGAAUUUCAACCAGAAAAGGAUUUGAGAAGGUGACGAAGUAUUUGUAAUUUUGGCUUAUUUAAAUAUUCUGAUGACCUUACACUGUGUUCUUUUUUCUAAACAAAUGUAUUUGUUAAUAAACUGACAUAAUAUGUGAAUUUUUUUUAGUUAUUUUGCACUUAUUUCUCUUACAGAGAAGAGAUUUCCCCCACAUUAAGAAAGGCAAAGAAUCAACUGCUCAAUUUUCAGAGGAAACUGGAUGCUUUUGAUCUUUUACAUUUCAUUAAUUAAUUUAUCUGUCUAACUGACAGCA